AUGACAGUUUACAGCAGCCCAUAUAAGGUAGGGCUGAUUUAUGCUGGUACGAAUUUUACGCAAAGCUGACUCGCUCGGUCUUAAAUAGGAAAAUCGGCCGCUCAUUGAAUUUCCUCGUAACGCUGUGUUUGUAACAAGCUAACGUUCGUAGCUUAUGUAAACUUUGCACCACAUCAAUCAGCCCAAGUAAUAAUCCAAUGUGGCACAAGGUAUGUGGAUUUUUUUAUAUUUUAGGCCAUUAGAUUUUCGGUUCGGUCCGUUCGUCUUUUUUCGGUUUUCGAUUCGACUUUUGAUCUGAUUCCGGAUUCGGCUUCAAAAACUGUAAAGGCUUGGUAUAGACAAAGUUUCCAUAGCAAGCCGCCAUAUAUCCCUGCAUACCGUCCGGGGGACCCUGGUGUGUUUCAUUCGAGGUGUCAAGGUUUUAUGGACGCAUGUCACACUCCUCGGUCUUGCUCGGACUUCAAAUUCUUAGAGGCGCACCCCAUCUAUAUAGACUACUUAAUUUCUGUAAACAGCAAACUCAAUUGAAUAAAAAUGCUUCACCUAAUGUGUUGUCUGUGUGGUGUUUUCUUUUACUUUAAAGUUAAAUCUCUAGGUAAUUAAUUAUAAGUACUAAUGAUGAUUUAAUUUGCAGGGAUUUUACAUAACACUUGAUGUAAUAACGGCAAAAAAAAAUAAAACAAAAAUAAAACACUGAGUUGUGAGUGUGAUGUCUUUUAACUAACCUCAUUGAGUGACACUGAGUGUCGCAUCAGUGUGCUCGUUAUUAAAACACAAAUAACUAACUCAUUUAAUUUCAGGUGCGUUGAAAAUCAAUAAGUUUAUCGUUUUUGGAUUCCUCCGCCACUUUUUGCGAGGGUAAAUGGACGCACAUUUUUUGGGCGCGCCCUCUCAAGAUGACUUUUUUCUGGCCAUUGUACUGCGUUUUGGAUGCGUUCUUGAAGAAACGCAUGGCACUACCUAUUUUGAAGUCGUACGUGAGGUGCUGAAGGAAGGGCAGAAACAUUAAUAUUAAGGUUAAUGUAAUUGAAUUGUACGUAAUUAAAAGUUGAUGAAAAAUAAAGUUUAACAAACGAAAGGUAUAUAAUCAGCUUGUUUGUUUAUUUGUUUUUUUUUUUUUUUUUUUUUUGGUUAAUUAAACCAGCACUAACAAAUUUAGAUAAGGUACUGAUUAUGUUGUGACGGAGUUGCUUCUCAGAAAAAUAAUAAAGUGUGACCAAGACAUUCCCGUUUCAUCAUUGUAUUUAUUCUUUAAACCGAUAAUAAAUAGUUAAAAAGUUUCAUUUCAGGAACAUCGUACGUCGUUUUUUAAAUCUUUUCUUUGCUCGAACAUCGCUGCCUCGAAGACGUCUUUUUGUUGGGCGCGCCCUGUGAAGACCGACCACAGCAAACAGAAUGCAUGUAACGUAUGCUCUCUAGAAGCUCAUUUGGAAGUUCUUUCUGGCUGCGUUCCUGAAGAAACGCGUGUCGAUGCUGAUUACGACUGAUAAACGAGUCAAAGUUUUAAAGGUAAGACAGAUCUGUUUAUGCUCUAACUGUUAGAUUAUACCUUUGGGUUUCAGAUUUAGUGCGUUCGACAGCAGCGUCUAAGAUGCAAGGAAGAAUGACAGAAAAGGAAAGUGAGUAUAGUGCUGAUACAUGCACUUAUCCUCGGAUGAUACUAAAAUUUAUUCGUUCACACUCUAGUAGGAUUCAAACCUACGACAUUUCUUUAUUUACUGGUGCUCCUAGUGUACCAAAGAAUGCAAUUUUCAAGACUUGGAAUUCCAAAUGAUGUUCAGCUCAAUUCGAGUCCGUUUGAUAAUAGCUGACAGUAGCAAACGGAGUCUGCGAUUGGUUUCCAAGUGUGGACAAAGCCAGUGUUUUGAUGUUAUUUAUUGAUUCUGUUUUUAAGAAAUAUUUCAUUUAGGUCGGAGACGUCCAGCCGUGAUAAGGCCCAUCAGCAGUGACGUGCAACCAGUAAGUAGAAGAAUAUAGGAAUCCCUCGGUCUUUAAGAAGUUAAACAUACCCACAAGAUGGCAAGGUCAUUUAAAAAAAGAGUUUUGUAGGCAAUUGUGCUUCUACUGCAGCAAAAGUCGUAACUUUAAAGGGAAAUACUAUUUCCCAGUCAGGGAUUCCAACCCAUGAACAUUGCUUCAUCAGUAAGCAAAUCGAUAUGAAGUAUUAAUGAGACUCAAUCGCUAGGGUGUCUGAGAGACUGAAGCUGUAUACUUUCAACUGCCAUGUUAAAACUGUUGCUUUGAUAAUCUUUUUUUAAGAAGCUUUUUGUUCAGGUCUGUGCAAUUCCAGACGUUGUUUCCAACCCGCUGUCGUAGCCGGCCCAUUGACAUUGGGACAGGUGACCCCAGCUACCCGAUCCGAGGUAAGUAUUGGAAAGGUAAUGCACUUAUCCUCGGAUGAUUUCACCCAAGCAUUCUGAAAGGAAAUGAAGCCUUUGAUUACCAUUUCAAGCCAUGAAUUUGACUCUAAUAUUCAUCGUAUUCAAACCUCUAUGAAGAAACUUAAAAAAUGUCACGUUUAAAUGGAAUGCAAAUCCAUGCCAAGAGGUUAUAUCCGAAACAGCAGUUUGGCUACCACUUAGGUAGUCCAAAACGCAAAGGAGGAACAUCCAAGGAUUAAAAGGAAUUAGUGACAGAAUUAAUGUUUUCAAAACAAUGGAAAACUUUUGCUUGCGUUCUUAAUCCAUGCUCUUGAGAAACUUUGACUUUAGGUCGGAAAAUUGAUGAUAGAAGUCAGCGAGCGAAAAGCAACCUGGAAGUCUAUCUUUGGCUAUUACAUAGAAAGUGAUUGGAACGACCCACCUGGCUGAUCAUAGGUAAGUAAUAUACAGAAGAAAACAUACGAACAUGUUCAACCUAACCUUGCCCCCCGCCCCCCACCCCCCAAAAAAGAUACUAGGAAAGAAAACUGAUGAUAAAAGAACUCACUAUGUGCAUUUACUCAAGUUGUGAUCUAAGUGACAACUAAGUCUGCUAAAACUGCAUAUUGCAAAAUAGACAACAAGGACCCUCAACGAGAGGAGUCGGCUAUGCUGGCUGUAUGUCAGGCAGUUAAUUGAAUUCCCUAGAGACAAAUCGUAACUUUCAAUUAAAGGUCCCUAAACACUUCUUCUCCUUCAAUGGACGUCUAAUCCAUGAACUUUGAUUAACUGUGACAAUACUUCAAACAAAUACAAGUUGUUAGUGGAAUUCAAACCUAGGCCUACUUAACUAAGAAGAGCGAAAUAUGUAAUAGGCUCUUAUUUGCUGAGUAACAAACAUCCAUUUGAUACGCUAAAUAUCUUGUUCUUGAGAUCUAUUUUGUACAGAUCCAAAAGAUUUCAGAUGUCGCGCCUCGUCUGGCCUGCAGUCGGUGGCUCGAAAAUUAUGUGAAGGAGCUGCCUUUCUUAACUCGAAAGAGGCAAGUACAAUCUUUCUCCAUCUAAUUUGCAAAGAAUUGAAUUAAAGAAAUUCGGUUGGCGCCAUCCAAACCGUGCGGGAAUUUUAAGUUUUGUAUGAAAUUAACUGGACUAAACAUAUCCUAAAACUGCAAUAAUCAAGGAGUAAAAGUGCUUCGCUAAACAUUUUGUCUGUCCGAAGUUUCCCUAAAUUUGCUUGCCGCCUUAAGUUUUUUUUUCUAGCGAGAUUUAGCGGCAGUCUGACGAGGCAACGUCAGUGAUUAGAGGAUUGGGUAAAUAGCUGACCCUUUUUCAUCAAUUAUGAUGAUUAUUGUACAUUGUACUCAUUACUCUAUUCUCAUUGGCCAAGAGCCUACAGCUAAUUUCGGAAAUCAGCGCAACCUACAGAUUAGUUAGUUAUCUGCUAGUAGAUAACUGACUAAUCUGUAGGUUGCGCGCGCAAUGCAUGAUUUCCACUAACAAAAUCAAUUCAGGUUCCUUGCGUCGGGUGUGAUUGUCGUUAUUCUCUUCAAAACAAUGUAUAAUAAAACAAUUAUGAAAUUCGGUUUUGUAAUAUCCUAAAUAAUCAAGAUCUCUAUGAGUGUUAUCAGCCUCGGCCUUCAGCUCGGCUGAUAACACUUACCUCGACCUUGAUUAUUCCGGAUAUCACUAAAACCUCAUCCAGUAAUUGCUAAUUAUCUUGUUGAUUGCAAUGAUGAUGAUGAUGACGACCACGAUAAUGGUGAUGGUGAUGUCAAACAACGACGAUGAUGGAGAUGCCAUGUCUUUAUUCAACAGGGAAAAUUGUCCAUUGAAACUUUAGUAAUUUAGACGACAUCCAAAUGAAGUAAACGAUAUAGAACUGUAAUUUACACAACAGAAAAUACAAAAGCGACCUGAGUUCUCCCGAUACUUCAGAUGGUCUAGGUGUUCUUCCCGGAGGAUUUUAAGGCCAGUAGGGAUAACAUUAUUAUUUGAAAUAUUAAUUAAAACGCGGGUGGACUAAUUGGAAUCACAAAAGUAAAGAAACGAAAAAGGUCAAAAGAGGAAAUAAAUGUAGGAAAAUGGAACAGAAAUGAAUUUAAAAUGACAUAUGAAUAAAAGAAAAUAAAAAACAAGUAGAUAAAUAGUGAUAAAGUAAUAAAUAAUAAAAUGUCCUAUAAUAAUGAAACUAAAUAUAAAUUCAAAUGAAUAAAAAUAGGGAUAAUAAUAAUGAUCACAGUAAUGAUGAUAACAAUAGAAAAGGAUUAUUUAACAAGCAGCUGCAACAACAAAAAAACUAGACUGAUUUUUGACAACGUAACUAAGCAGUUACGUUUCAAAAACUCAGCUAGAAGUAUUAACGCUUUCCCUUUCCUAUUACAAUCAUUAUAUGCGAUAAUUAUUAUUAUUAAUUAUUUGAAUAUAUUUUAUGAACUCUAGUAUUAAGUAUUAUUUUAAAGUUAGUUCAUUUUUGUUACAUUCUUUAAAUUUAUUUGUUUAUUUAUUGUUUACUAUUAUUUUAAUUAAGUUCAUUAUUGUUACAUUUUUUAAAGUUAUUUACUUUUUUGACCUUAUUUUUCUCUUUGUUCUUUUGCGAGCGAGUCAUGAUUUUCAAGAUUUAUCCCUAUUGACCUGUAUUAUUUUUAAGUUUUAAACAAUUGUAUGAAAUUUCCAACUAUGCUGCAAUCACACUAUAUAAACAAAACCUGACUAUCGGAAAUAUCUGGAAACGCAAUAUAGCUUUUGUCUUUGCUGUUUUGUUAUUAUAGCUGAUUAAACGCGAGGACUCAAGGAAGGAGUGAAGGGGGAGGGGAGGGUGGUUAAGCUUUGAUAAUAAGUUCAGUUAAAGGUGUGGUCUUCACUUGGUCUUGAGAGAUUUAGGAGCAGUGAACAUGGACAAGCUAAGCAGCCUGACGUAGCAUUGCUAUGUGCUGCCUAUUACAUGGAUGAUGACGAGGACGACAAUGUUGAUGAUGAUGCUGACUAUGAUGAAGAUUGUGAUGAUGAUGAUGCUGAUGUGCUG